UUCUAUCGUGACGUCAUCAGGGCUCGAACGUGUGUUGGGUGCAUGGCGGGCGAGGUGGAGCACGUUCACGUCGGGAAAGGAGAGUCCGAGUGAUAUUCGUACCACAGCAACUGGGGUAUUCAGUCGGACCGGUGUUCGCGGGUACAUCGAGAUUUUAUCGGGACCGCUACAUGAUUGCCUCGGCGCUGGGAGAGAAACCCCCCGAGGAAGAUGUCUGACACGGAGUCAUCGCCUUAUCGCCACGAACCGGUGGAGGAUUGGUACAUCGUGGGAGAGGAAAUAGGAAGCGGCCAUUUUGCAGUAGUAAAGAAAGUUGUGUGCAAAAGGAGUGGAACAGAAUUUGCAGCAAAAUUCAUCCGGAAAAAACGGGCAUCAACAAGUCGAAGAGGGGCACGAAGAGAGGAUAUUGAGAGAGAGAUUUCCAUCCUGCAGGAAUUGAACCAUGUGAAUAUCAUCAAACUGUACGACAUAUUUGAGGACAAGCAGGAUGUGACACUCAUCUUGGAACUGGUUUCUGGUGGUGAGUUGUUUGACUUUAUAGCAGAGAGGGAUGUCCUACAUGAGUCUGAAGCCACAGCGUUCAUCGCUCAAGUGCUGGAGGGGCUGGCCCACAUGCACCUGAAGAACAUAGCACACCUGGAUCUCAAGCCAGAAAACAUACUCCUGACCAACAGAGCCCAGGCUAUAAUCAAGCUGAUCGACUUCGGCAUCUCCAGAAGAAUAGAAGAUGGCAAAAAUGAAAUCCAGAUGUUGGGAACACCUGAGUUUGUAGCCCCUGAGGUCAUAGCAUAUGAACCACUAGGCCUCUACACAGACAUGUGGGCUGUGGGUGUGAUAACCUAUAUUCUAUUGAGCGGUUGCUCCCCAUUCCUGGGGGAUAACAAGCAGGAGACGUUUGCAAACAUCUGUGCAGUGGACUUCUCCUUUGACGACGAAUUCUUUGGGAACACCAGUGACCUCGCCAAGGAUUUUAUCAGGACACUUCUAGUUAAACAUCCCGGGAGGAGAGCUUCUGUGACUGAUUGCCUCUCACACCCUUGGAUCAAGCCAAUAAAUGACAGACAGAAGGAAGAACGCAAGGAGGCCAAGACAAACCUGGAGAGAUUUAAGACAUUCAAUGCAAGAAGAAAAUGGAAGCAAUCGCUGAAGGUGGUCUCCCUUUGCAACCGCCUGUCACGCAGCAUCAAGAACAGAAACAACAUGAAUGGGGAGGAGACACAGGAAGAGGAUGAGGAGGAGUCUUUUGUUCUGCGGACACUUUUCCACUGCAUCGAGGACAGCAACCUGGGGGGGAUCCGCCACCUGCUGCAGUCUCUCACCAGCUUCGACAUCAACCAAGCAAACAAGCAUGGUGAAACUGGUCUGCAUCUUGCAGCAGGCUACGGACACAUGGACAUCCUGAAGUUUCUAAAAGAGCAAGGUGCCAAGAUGGACAUUAAGGAUAAGCAUGGUGAUAAUGCGGUGUACUGGGCAGCCAGGCAGGGGCAGGUGGAGGCCAUCAAAUUCCUGAAGGACUAUUGUCCCCUGGACAUUCAGGACAAGUCUGGUGAGACUCCGCUCCACGUCGCAGCGCGGUACGGCCAUGCGGACGUCGUGGAGUACCUCUGCAGCCUGGGCGUGAAUAUGAAUCUGCAGGACAAGCCCUUGGAUCUGCCCGGUUCUGCAGCAACCAUCAAACGGAAGCCCAAGGCUCAGGGAGGAUCGCCCCCGAAGGAGGAACUCAUGGGACAGAUGGAGCAGCUCGGCCGCACCGACCUCAUCCGGCUGGUCUCCCUCCUGGAGCAGGAGCUGGGAGAGAGGGACAAGACCAUCCGCAUCCUGAAAUCCCAGGAGAAGAGCCAGUCGGAAGUCAUCGAGAACAGGUACGGCAUCUCGGACCCCUUCGCCGCGCUCCAGCGGGACGCCAAGAGUCUGCGGGAGCCGCAGGAUGUGACGCCGGUGCACGCCAACUCUGCUCACCACCUGGAAGGACUGAUCGAGCAGCAGAAGAUCACCCAUCAGAAGAUGGUGGGUCAGCUGAUGACCACCGAGAAGCGUCAUCGGAAGGUCGUCCAGGAGCUCGAGGACGAGAAACGGAAGUUCCAGCAGUUCAAGACGCAAGCGGAGGACAUCACGUUUCUACUGGAGAACGAACGGGAAAGGCUUCGGAACCAGCUCGAACAUGCGGUGGAAGAAGCCAAAAGGAAGGAGAAGGAUCAUGAUAAGACUACAAAAUUGUUGAAGGAAGACUUGACAAAGUUGAAGUCGUUUUCACUCACGCUCGUUAACGAACGUAAAAAGCAUCUGAACAAGUUGGCCGAAGGCCAGAUGAAAAUAGAGGAACUGGGUCAACUUGUUGAUGAUGACCACAUGCAGGUGGAAGACCUACGGAUAGCCCUGGAAGAAGAGCGUAGGAGAAAUGGCGAACUGCAGGCAAAGUUGGAUCAUCACAUUCUGACAGGGGAAGUGUCUAUGGUAGACGCUUUAAAACUCCAAGUCAAGGAGAUGGAGAAAACUGGACAGAAGCUUGUCAAGACUGAGCAGACUGAACAGAAGCUAAGAGAACAACUCGUACACGAAGGCAACAAGGUAAAAGUGCUUACCGCUGAAGUCGAGAUCCUGAAAAAACAAAUAGAGGAGUUGGAAAGCGUGGAAGAAACUCUCCACAAGUCACAGUCAGAGUGCAGGGACCUUAAGGAAAAGAUGAAAGAAUCUGAAAAUGUCAACUCCAGCUUGGAAAUCAAGGUGACAAAACUGGAGAACACCUUGCAGGGAAUGAUGGUGGAGGAGAACAAGAAUGGGAUCAACGGCACAUCCAAGGAUGUUGCCUCGAACGGUGAGAAGGAGGACCAGGCAAAGAAAUUGAACAGUGAGCUGAUGGGAGAGGUUAAAGCACUGAAAAAACAAUUAGAUGAACUGAAGGUGGUGAAGCAGAGGUGGGACGAGGCCGAGGAGGAAUGUACAAAGCUGAAAAAGAAGCUUGCCAGUGAAGAAAAGCUGUCCAAGGAGCUCUCCGGAAAGCUGGACGAGUUGGGUGCAGAAGUGUGCAGUCUGAAGGAAGUUGUAGAAAGUGCUGGCAAGAAAGAUUCAGCACAUAACAAGCUCACUGGCAAACUGAAGCAGGAGCAGGAAAAAGUAAAGGAGCUGACAGAAGAAAUCAAAAGACUGAAGAAAGAGCUAGAAUCAACAGAAACUGUUAGCUCCAAAACGGGCGAUAAAGGAAAAACAGGCACUCCCAGUAGGGAAAUCGAUCAGCUCAAAGCAAAACUGAAGGACCAACAAGCAAAAGCUAAACUUCUUAAUUCAGAGGUGAACACUCUAAGGAAACGUGUCGAAAAGCACAAAGACACUGAGCUAAUGUUGGUUCAAACCGAAGCAGAGUGUAGGGAAUUGAAAGUAAAACUAGCCCAAGAAGAAAAGAUGCAAAGAGAUCCAAAUUCAGCCUUAGUGCAACUACGAGACCGGCUGAACGAAGAACAAGAAAGAGUGAAGGAACUAACAGGCAAGCUGAACGCAGAAGAUAAAGAAGUCGAGACCCUGAAGUUAAAAUUGUCAGAGAUUCAAGAAAAUGUCGACAAAUAUGAAACCUUGCAGAAAACUUCCAAGAAAGCUGAUCUGGAUCUGAAGCUGGCAAAAGCCAGGUUGACAGAAGAACAGACGAAAUCAAAGUUGUUGAACUCGGAAGUCUCCACAUUAAAGAAGAGGAUGCUCAAGAACGAAGUGACUGAACAGAACCUGUCGAAAGCAGAAGAUGAGAUCAAAGAGCUGCGGGGGAAGCUCCUCACUCAGGAGUCUGCCACUAGAGAGCUGAGUGCCAUCAUCGACAACCUCAGGAUCAGAAUCAAAGAACUGGAGAAGUCUGGUCCCCAGGGUGCACCUGCACCGGAGGAGGUCAGGGGGGCCGUCGGACGACCGACGCGAGUAAGCGCUCAGACGCAGACAGACUCUCCAGCCGUUUCCCCCACGCUGUUUGACGUGGAAGGUGACGUUUCCCUGCUGGGAAUGAUCAGGAAGUCGGUCACGAAGGCCGCCGACAGAAAGAUGGGCGAUCAGGUGGAGGAAUACUUGGACAGGAGAGAAUUUCUGGACAGACGUAGCGACCUCGCAGAAACCCUGAGGUUACGAGCUCAAGCCAAACGAGACAGCGGCAUCGACGUGUCUCCUGAAAACAGUGUCGUUUCCGACGGCGAGGACCAGAGAGGGGCACAGACCCCGUCCCCAUCCCCUACCUCUGCUGCCAAGCCUGUAGGCAGGUUCAGAAUAACUCCUACCACCUCGGGAGGUACAGUGAUAACCCCCAUACAGUCUCCCCCCGGCUCGGGCCCCACCUCUCCUGUAGGAUCCAGACCGGGCACACCCGUGGGGGCCACGACGAUGGGAAGCGUUAGCAAAGCCGUCUUCAAGUUCACUACAGAUGCACAGAGCGGUAAGGCUCAGCUGAAGAGCUAUGGCUCGAUGUACACCAGUCCGGACAGCACCAUCAACAUCAAGUUAAGCCCAGGGUACGCUGACGAGGACUCUACAGCACAACCGCAGCAGCAGCAGCAACAGCAACAACAACAGAAAACCAAACAAGGAGCUAAAGUCAAGAGCCAAUUGACUGUAACUCCAGCCAACCAACCCCAGAGCAGUGACGAGGCAGCAAAACCAGCAUCCGGCAGUAAAAAGCCGUCAUUGAUACCUCGUUUUGUCUCCACACCCGGAAAAGGCAAUGCCCAGAAAAGUACUGAAACCAGCAAUCAGAAAGAUCCCCCCACAACAAGGAAGGUUGAGUCCAGAAUCAAGACUCAAAUGUUGAAGCUGCAGAUGCAGUCUCAGUCAUAUUCUGGACGAGAGCGAUCCUUCGAAAAAAAACUACUCAUUGGAGGUAAAGUGGCGGACAACAAAUACUGUAUUUAUGAUGAGGAACUGUGCUAUGCCCGUGUAUGGACGAAGAUCGCUGUGACAGGAAAAGGGUGCCUUAUACAAAGCAGGAUCUCUGUGACCGAUCUUCUGGCAUCUCUCCUUCAAAUGUGGAGAAAUUACACUGAGGAUGGAGAGACUGCCCUUCAUUGUGCGGCUUGGCACGGAUACAGCAAUGUGGCCCAGCCUCUCAUAUCCUCCAACUGUAACCUGAACACUAGGAACAAGGUAAGGACACCACAAGAUUAUUAUGAGAAACAGAAAGUCGGGAAUGAUCACAGGGAGGCUUACCUGUGCAGAGUCGGGGCCAAAGUCAACCUGGCUGAUAAGAAAGGGGAUACUGCUCUGCACGAGGCUUGUAAGGAGGGCUGCUUACCUGUGGUGUUGGCUCUGUACAUGGCCAACUGUGAACUGAACAGACCCAACUUGGAUGGGAUGACUCCUUUGCACACAGCAGCCCAGUACGGUCACAUUGAGGUGGUAAGGUCCCUCUGUCUGGCCGGGUGUGAACUGCAGCACAAGAACAUGAAGGGGGUGACAGCGGAAGUUGUGGCAGUGGCCAAUGGACACGACGACAUCUCGGAGCUUCUAGGCAGGCUGAGAAUGGAGCAGAGCAGAGAGACGUACGUGAACCAGCUGCUGCCGACAGACACGCUGAUGACUAGGGUGAAGAUUAAGUUGUUUGGGCACAGCACAGUAGGGAAAACGUCCCUUAUUGAAGCCCUGAAGUGUGGAUACUUGAAAGGCCUGUUCAGAAGGAGGAGAUCCAGCAGUAAUGCCAUCGGCUACUCCAGCAGCUCAUCACAUCCCAAAAAAGGAUUUGGCAGCAAGGACAAUGGCUUUGCUUCCAGAAGCUUGAACCUUGACCCCCGGGCAACCCCACCCCACCAGUCAAAGACACGGACACAGUUUGAGUCGACCAGGGGGAUUCACGUGCAGCAGGCAACCAUACCAGGUGUGGGAGAGUUCAGCAUCUGGGAGUUUUCCGGCCAGAUUCAGUACUUUGCCACCUACGAGCACUUUAUAUGGGACAUUUCAGCCAUCCACAUUGUUGUCUUCAGCCUGAAGGACACCUACGAGACGCAGAUGGAACAAGUGUGCUACUGGCUCAACUUCAUCCACACAGUCAGUGCAGAGAAGGAACCAAUAGGGUUUGCAGCAGUGCCAGUGCACAAGCCUACCGUACUUCUGGUGGCCACUCAUGCCGACAUCGUCAACAGUCCGCGAGCCUUCUCUGGGGAAUACGUCAGCGGGGUGGGGUCUGUCGUCUUCCACGAGAUGAAGAACAAGUUUGGGCACCUCUUUGACAUGGUGGAGCGGCUGUUUGUCCUGGACACCAAUGCCUCACAGUCCCGAGACAUGAAGCUUCUUAGAACAACCCUGGCAGAACUAAGAACAAAAGCCUGCCAGGCUCAGCUGCGGAUGACGGACCUGUGUCAGCACCUGGUGACCACCCUCCCCUUCUGGAGGAGGAUGUUCAGCACCUUCCCCGUCCUGACCUGGCAGCAGUUCCUGGACGGUGUCCACAGGGACCUGAACCCCCUGGUCAGUCAGGACCACCUGAGGGAGAUCACACAGCAGCUCCACUGUCUGGGGGAGGUGGUCUGCUUCGAGACUGACGUCCUGCAAGACCUGAUCGUCAUCGACCCCAAAUGGCUCUGCACCAGCCUCAUCGGGCAGCUCCUAUCACAUGACUCCAUGGACCAAUCGUGUUUGGCGGGCUGUUUCAGCUUCAGCCAUGUCCAGCUGUACUUCCCGGAGACGGACGCUGUUGACAUCUUCCAGCUCCUGGAGGCAAUGGACAUGUGCACGCACUCCCCCCGGGGAGGGAUGUACGAGUUCCCCUGCGUCAUCCACGGGGAGCCCGUCCACAACCUGUGGGAGGUGGGUGAAGGCGCCCGCAGGAACCUGGUGUACGGCGGUGUGAGGAUGCUGGCUCCCGGACAGGUGUGCCCCCUGCCGGAGGGGCUGUUCCCCCGGCUGCAGGUGUGCCUGAGGAGGUGCUACCAGAUGGAGACCGAGGAACAGCAGGAGCCGGUCAUCCUGUGGUACCGCGGAGCCAAGUGCAACAUCGGCAGGGCGGAGGCCAUGAUCUCCCUCUCAGACGACGGCAAGGCGUUGGAGGUCGUGGUGCGGGGCUUGUCGGACUCCAGGAAGGAGACCUUCCGAAUCCUGGAAGAGCUGAUGGGGAUCGUGUAUCAAGUCUUGUCGGACGUUUACCCUGGCCUCUUCCUGGUGAAGCACGUGCUCAGCCCCUCCCAGCUCAAAUCCCACGACGCAAACAUCACGAGCUAUUCCUUUGCCAGCAUCCUUGCAAGCCAGGGAGAGGACAACACGCUGAAGCCAAACGACGACAGAGGCGUCGAGGAAUCCUUCUCGGACGUCUUCUGUUUUGGGAGCGAGGAGGUGUUCUCCCGGGCGUCAGUGGGGAGGGACAUCCACGUGUCCUACCUCAGCACCCACACCAGGAGGGAGCUGUGUCGGAUGCUGGACCCCCCGGACCCCAUGGGGCGGGACUGGUGCCUCCUGGCCAUCUCCCUGGGCCUGAUGGAGUCUCUGCCCCAGCUGGACACCUCCAGCAGCCCCCAGGGCAGCCCCACGGACAGGACGCUGCAGCUGUGGGGCUCGCGGGAGAGCAGCACCAUCGGCACCCUGCUGGACUGUCUGAAGACCCUCGGGAGGAAGGACGUGGUGGACGUCAUCAUGAGCGAGGCGCCGCUGUUCGUCCACCAGUCCUGGGACAGCGCGACGGACUUCAAUGCAAAGUCGUUCAACUCCCUGAACACUGUGGCUUCCAGAUGAAGCCCCGGAACAUUAUCCAGUGCACUGCAGUUGUAGUCUGUACAGUUGAGCCUCUAUUAUCAUGAUGUUUGCUUUGUUGCUGCCAUGUUGCACAUGUUUCUGAUCAUUAGAACUGGCACAAUCAAGCAAUUUAGGAAAGCAAUAUUUUCUGGAUAAAUACUGUAGUGCUGCAAAGUUACUAAGCUUGCUUUCAUGGUACAAAACACCUGAUAUACAGUGCCAGCAGUGUCCAUCAUUAGCCCAACUGUUACAAUAUGUAGUAGUGCACUGCAAACCUUUACAAGCAUUGGGACACUCCCUUGUACAGUGUUAAGCCUUUAUGUAAGAUCUCCUGUACAGUAUACAAGUACCAACAGGAAGUUGGCAACCCCAUCUGUAUGUAUAACAACAGCAAAUUUAUACGAUACAUGCAACAGUCGGGUAUAUUGAACAGAAGGUAGUAUGGUUUCCCAAGCUUCUUCAUUGCUUUGUAUAUACUAUAGAUAAACAUUAUAUAAACAGGGCCAGUGCUUAACCUCAUUCCUAAAGGCAACCCUCCUGUAGAUAAAGAGACAGAGAUUAUUUUCUGGAACACGUAAGUUGACGAUGUUCUCCUAGUGCAGCACCUGUACAGAAAACACACGUAGGAGUUUAGAUCGAGAUAGACAGACUGUACGUAAGCAUUAACUCAUUUGUACAGUCUUUGAAGGAAUGCUCUCCCAGAAUAUUGUAUGUUGAAUCAUUAAGCUAAGUGUGCAGGUACAAUUGUCCAUGUUGUUAUGGUUUUGUUCUAAAGAUGCCAUCAAGUGCAGUAGUCUGUUACUUGACUACAGUGCAAUAUGUUUACCAUAUGUAUUACAUGUAUUAUUAUUUUUUGUUUUAUGUAUAUUAUUGUGGUCAUGUUGCAUUACCUCUAUUUAUGUCAUACAAGUCAAUAUAUUAUGUAUUUUACUAGAACAUAUACCACACUGAAUA